AUGUCUCUUCCCGUUCCAGGAACGGUCCAUUUGGUCGAUUUGGCCAACAACCUGGCCGUCAAGCAUGGCGAAGGAAAAAAGGACAUUGUCCUCAUUCCACAACCAUCGUCUGAUCCCAAUGACCCCCUCAACUGGGGCUGGUGGCGGAAAAACCACAAUCGGCUCUGGCAGUGUCUCUGGAUGAUCUCUGGUUGUGCCAUAAUCAGCUCGCUCUCGCCAGCCUACCUGCUCAUUCAAGAAGAUACCGGCAUCCCGAUUGCCAAUCUCUCCACUGGCAUCGGUCUGAUGUAUCUGUUCCUUGGCUGGGGCAAUCUCAUCUUCCAGCCUUUGGCCCUCAACUUUGGCCGGCGACCCGUCCUCAUCUUCUCACUCUUGGGAACCGCGUUGAUGGUCUUGUGGUCGGCAUACAUCCAGAGCAGCGGUGUGUGGUACCUCAACCGCAUCCUGAUGGGUAUUUUCUUCGCCCCGGUCGAAACUCUCGUCGAGAUCGUCGUGACUGAUCUCUCCUUCACCCACGAACGAGGUUUCCAUAUGGCGAUCUACCAAUGGACACUUUGGAACGGCGCUCUCCUGGCCCCCAUCCCUGCAGGAUACAUCGCUGAAAAUCACGGAUGGCGCUGGAUUCAAUGGACGGGCACCAUCCUUGGUCUCAGCGUCACAUUUCUCAUGGUCUUCUUCUUUGAAGAGACCAUGUAUUUCCGACAAACUAUUCGGGACGAGUUCGUGGGCGAAAAUAUCCAGGAGACGGACAUCUCAUCCCAGGUAUCACAAUCUGAAAAAUCCAAGGGGCCCGUGGAUUCAAAGGCACAGCUCUCGUCGACAUCGAACAGCGAGUCCCCUAUCGAGCAGGCGGAGGUCUGGCUCACGCCAAAACAGAGCUUCCUUCGAAACCUAAGGCUCUGGAAUCUUCGUGCACCGGACCAGCCAAGGACACCCUGGAAAUCCGUCCUGCUGCCUCUGAUAUUGCUGCGUUAUCCAGCCAUGCUCUUUGGGGGUCUCUUGGUUGGCAGCGUUCUCUCUUGGUUCAACGUCCUCAACGCAACCACCGCAGAAGUCUUCGGCAAUGCGCCUUAUAACUUCACGACAAACCAAAUCGGCCUGAUCUACCUCGCUUCGGUGAUCGGGGCUACGAUCGGAUGCUUUCUCUCGGGUACGUUAAGUGACAUGCUCUCUGAAUGGCUGGCCCGCAGAAACAACGGCAUCAAAGAGCCGGAACACAGACUCUGGAUCGGUGCGAUUGCGCUUGUCGUCCACCCCGCAGGAUGCUUGCUAUAUGGCAUCGGGGCUACCCAACAGAUCCAUUGGGUUGGCCUUGCCUUCGGAAUUGGUCUUAUGUCUAUGUGCUUGCCCAUUGGAUCCAACAUUGGCAUCACCUAUGUCAUUGAUAGCUACAAAGAAGUGGCUGGGGAGGGAGUGGUUUCGGUAAUCCUGGUCAGAAACACGAUAGGAUUUGCCUUUGCAUACGCUAUCACGCCAAUGAUCAAAGAUCUGGGCCGACAAAACAGCUUUAUAUUGGUGGCUGUCUUGGGCGCUGCAUUCUGGGUUAUGUGUCUGGUUUUCAUCUGGGGAGGGAAAUCGUGGCGACGUAACUCUGCUAAGACCUAUUGGCACUUGGUCGAAGGACACGGUCUCCAUGCCCAUUAG